CUUUGGGACAAGAGAUGGUUCAAGAGCCUGAAGCUGAAGAAGAAGAAGUUAAAAUUAAUAAAAACAUCCAUGAAAAUUCAAUUUGUGAGGAGUCCAACGAAGAAUGUAAAUCAGAAGAUAGCACGAAAAGUGAAAGCUUGUUUGGAUUCAUAAAAACGACAAAAUCUGAGAGCGUCGAAAGUAUCGAAUCCAGCCAGAGCUUAAGUAGAAGUCAUGACUCUUCAGACAGUUAUAAUCCUUUUAUUAAUAAUGAUGGAGAAGAAAGAAAAGAGGACGAUAGUUCAUCUGACAACAAUGAUUUUAUGAGUGGCAAUUCAGACCCAGUCAGUUUAUCCUUAUGCUCAAGUCAUGAGUCUGAUAAUGAGAGUUUAGAUCAAGAUAACGAACAUAAAGACGAAGAAGAUUCUUCUCAUGAGGCGGAUAGCUCGUCUUUCUCAGGUGACCUCAUACAGAGCUAUAAUUACUAG